AGGCUGAUAAUACAGUGUUUGCUAUUAAUAACAUGAGGAAAAGCAUAUCUGCAUCCAAAAAGCUGGACAGCUUCGGAGACAGAGAAAUCCGUGACAUUGCCAGUCAAAUCAUGAUGCUAGAUGUUAGCGUGUCCCAGCUGUCUAAUCUCCAUCCCGCCCUGGCUGCUGGCGUCACACAGAAGCAGAGUGAGGUGAAGGACUGCUGGGCACUUCUUCAGAAGGUUUUAAGGAGUGACAGGAACACACUCUCUCCCAUUGGCUCCGCUUUCACCAGGGAAGAUGCUGACCCCCUGACACUGGCCCGAGAACCCCACUGCAACGUGGGAACGGAGCCACAAAGGAUCAUGGGAAAGGAGGUGAAGGAGGAGCAGAAUCGACUGAAAGGCUGUGUGAGUAUUGUUGAAUGUGGGAGUGGUAGGAGAACACCGAGCAGCCAAAGCCAGGAACAGCAAUCAGUGAACCACACCUCUUCGCCCAUGGGAGACAGCCCUGGCCGUGCAAAUGAUGUCAUGGUCAGACAUCAAUUGAAGGGGGAAAGCAGGAAGCCCAGAGCAGAGCCUAAAGUUGCCUCUGUCCCACAAGGCCACCCACAGCUUCACAUACAGCUUCAGAAGUUCACCGUGUCUGCUGACAAGACUCUGUCCUGGCUGAAAGACAACGUGUCCAUGGCCACACAGGUGUGUUCAAUAGCCAGCUUUGAGGGACUGGAGGCUGCCAGGAGGUAUCAACACACUCUGGAACAAGAAAUCCUCACUAACAGAGCCAGGAUAGAGGUGGUCAAAAGGGAGGGCCACGGACUGGUCCGUGCACAGCACCCAGGCAGCGCCAAGAUCGAGGAGUUCCUCGGCCAGCUGGAAGUCCUGUGGGAAGAGUUGCGGAGGAGGCACCAGAGGAACGCUGUGUUUCUGCAGGCCUCAGAGGAGCUUGGUUUUAGGGUUGUAAAAGUGCUCCAGGCCCUGGGCAGCCUGGAGGCCUGGUUGGAGUCCGUGGAGCUUUCCAUAAAGGAAUCUGCGCUAGCCGGUGACCCAGAAACAAUGAGCAUGGCUGAGAGGGAGAGCUGUCUUCUGGAGAAAGAAGUGGCAGCACGCAGCCUGGAGCUCAGUGCUCUGAGGCAAGAGGUGGACCGUCUCCACAGCCACAGUCACCCACACACACAAUGCCUGCCAGCACGCAUGGAGGAGGUGGAAAGAAAGUACCACCGUGUCCAGAGUGCCCUGACCCAGCAGAGCUCAGAGCUGCAGGACACACGAAUGCUGACCGAGUUCCUGGAGCGCGUGGAGCUGGAGGAGAGCCAGGACGGCUGCAAGUAUAGCCUGGGCCAGCCUCUCCACAGUGAGAUUUCCUCAGCUCCUACAUUGCUUGGACUACAAAGCAGUAGCAGUGGUGAGCCCCUGAUAGAAAGCAUGGGGGACCCUGUGGAGGAACUACGUGAGGCUGUAGAGAUGCUGAAUGACACUGUUAGGGAAAGAGGCCGAUCACAGAGCCAUGACCAGGCCAUCCAGGAGCUGCUGAGCAAGCAUGCCAGCCUGGCAGUGCGCGUGGAGGAGUGCUUAUGCUGCAGCAAGGAGCUCAGCCUGGACAUACUAGAGAGGGAGACAGACAUGGCUGUCCAGUGUGAGCCAGACCGCUGCGGCCUAGAAGCUCUGCAGGAGAAGCAGGACCACCUGGAGAUUGACUAUGAAAUCAUCAGGGAGGAGGUGAAGGAGAUGGAGAACCUGGCUUCUCGGUUGGAGGAGCUGUGCCCAGAGAGAGUCCACGUACUCGGGGCAAAGAUCCAGGCUAUGCUGCAGGCCUGGACCGAGCUGGGAAAGAGUGUGACGGAGAACAAAUCCCGUCUGCAGGAAUUUGUGCAGCUCCAGGACUUCUUCAGGAGCUACCUCGCCAUGAUCUCAUGGACAGAAGACACCAGGUCAUGCAUUUUCUCAGAUACCGCCUUGCAUCUUGGGAAAGAUGGGCAGAGGCCCCUGGCUGCAGAGCUGGACAUACAGAUUGAGCAAAAGUUUGAGGAGUUUGAUGAGCUGGCAGCCACAGGGAGGGACGUUUUAGACAAAGAACACCACCUCACACAGAUGGUUAGAGAACGCAUGGAAGAACUGAGGAGUAUGCUUGGAUGGAUCUUGGUGCAUUGGAGGGCUCAGAAACAACAGUGGCUUCACAAGAAGAGCAGACAGGAGCCUUCACAAGAUAACAUUUACUCUGAGGCCACAAUGUACUCCCCAUUAACAGAGAGUUUAGCUCCUGAGCUGGAGGCCUACCAGUCCCAUCAGUCCCCAGUCAUCAGCAUUGAUGAAGACAAAUUAAAGGCAGCAGGAGACAGCCAAUCCUCAUCCCUCCUGCCCAGACAAACUGGACAACAGGAGGAGAAGCAGAUAGAGGAUGGGUACGAGGUCAUGAACAGUAUUGGACCACGUGGGGGCGAGGCUUCCUCCUCAGAGUCUCCCAAACCCUCCAUUGUGGUCCUCAAAGAGCCAAACAGCCCCACUCUAGGGGGCACGGUCAACCUCAUCCUUAGCUUUGGUAACACAGGGGACAGCCAAGUUCAGUUGCUUGACCCACCUGCUAGGACUGAUGAGGUAGUGGAGGACACCUCUGAGCCUGUCCACAGGGUAAGUACCUACUUGCAUGUCAAAGAUAACAACUUGGCUGCGGCCCCCGUGUAUGAGAGUAUCACCCUGCCCCGCCAAAAGAGCCGCUCUGGAGCCUCAGCCUCCCCUACUUUCCUGUCAUCCUCAUCCUCCUCGCCAUCUUCCUCUACACCUGCACCUCAGAUGACCAACGUAACCUUCCACCCUCUGAUGGGGAGCGGCAGCAGCUCCAUCUUCAGCAGCCUCAAGAGAAUGGGCAAGAAAAGAAAGAGAAAGAGAGAUGCUCGCAGACACACUAUCCAGAAAAUCAUGGGGGUGGAAGAGCAAACAGAAGGGAUGCCUCAUUAUGCCUGUGAGACAAUCACAUAUGACACACAUACAUGGCCGCUGAAGGAAGGCAGGAGGAAGAAGAGUUCACCAAAGAGCCCAGCCAGUGGGGAUGGAGUAGACGCUAUAGCCUAUAUGAAGAAUCCCUUGUUGAGGGACAUUGAUACAGAGUGUUCAGGAGAAUACAGCAUUACUCCUUAUGCUGUAUCAGAAGGGCCAACCACUUUAUCUUCCACAAGCCAGGUGAGAAGCCACUGCAGAUUCCUCUCUUUGGGCUCUGUGCUGAGCUUUGACCUACCUAAGGACAUGACCCUCAUCCCCAGCAUUCAGGACAUCAUCACAAUUGCCCCCCCUGAGUCCAAAAAAGGAGCAGGGACUGAUCCGGACCCCCACUCCCAGAGACACUCAGCCCUGAGCUCUUUCAAACAGACUCGGCCCACUCCUGCCAUCACACACAGUUCAUCAGAUUUCAUCUUCUCUGAAACACAGACUUCGACAGUUGGAGCUAAAGCUCUUCCUGAUGUGGACAAGAGUUCCCAACCACCGCCUCCUCUUUCCGCGCGUGAUGAUGAGGAUCAGACUGUACCAUGCAACGACCUGUCUAAAACCCAGUUCAGUCUGCAGGAGGAUGCAGAACAGGAGUGGGAUAAAAUGUCAUCCGAGGUUAAAACCAGUACAGCUGACAGGGAUGGGACCAGCCAGCCUUCUCAGCUCCCUAUUUAUGUGAACCAAGCCCAAAGUACAGCUGCACAUAAACAUGAGUGCCCUAGUGUCCACACACUCAUUCGCGACCUAAAUGGACACCAGUACCACAAAACUGCAAGACCUCAUAGUGUGCGUGAAGAGAGCCCUGGACUUCAGUGCCUGAGCCAAGCUUCUCACAUGGUAGUGAAUCUGAAGUCAACAGUGAGUGUGAGUGUUCGUCAGGACUCAGUGGACUCUGGUAUCUCCACUUCCAGCAGCAUCAAGCUUUGCACUGAUGCACCAUGUCCAGAUAUCCUGCAGCCUAAGGGAGUAGUGGGGAGGCUCAUGUCCCUUGAAGUGGGAGGUAUAGACUGCACUAAAUCAAGAGAGAACAGUGUAACACCCUCAGGCCUGUCUCCAGACACCGCAGAGCUAGAAACAGAGCCUGUCCACCUCGACCAUCAGCAGUUUGAAGAGGAAGAAGAAGAACUGGAGGACAUCUGGAAUCAGACUACUAACUACAGACAGAGCAUCUGCUCAGACAUCAUGUACCAGCCCGAACAGGAAGACACCGUACCCUCAGACCAAUCCAGAGAGCCUCGUUCUCGGUCGCCUUCACCUAAGACACCGGCUGUGCUCUACAGGAACCUGGUCACAGCCUCUGCACCCAACCUCCUCGUGGCAGAGUUCAGACUGCCGUCCCACAUUCAGAGCUUGCUUGGUUAUGACAAGGACCAGAGUCCCAAAAGUCACCUCCCUCCACUGGCUAUAGGAGACAGGAGGUCGUGGGCAGCAUUUCCCAACAGGGAACCAGCCAGCAAGACUGCAGUGACAGUGAAUGAGACAGCAUCUGAUCCAGUGAAGCUGCCGGAUGUGGGCGACAAUCAGAGAUACAUUUAUCAAUACAGAGAGGAUGAGGAGGAGGAACAGGAGGUGAAGGAGGCAAAUGUGGGGGAGGAGGUGGAUGAGCGCACAGGUUGUUUGAAGGACCAGUCCAUGAGUCUACUGUCCAUCCAUAUGGAUUUGGAUGGGGCCUGUUGCCAAAGAAAAGCCUCACAAAGCCUGGAGGACAUGGAGAAGCAAGAACAGCUGAUGGCCACAGGAGGGCGCUGUUUCACCCUGAGUGGAAAGCCUGAGCUGCAGUCAAUGGAGGGAACGCUCGAGAGGAAGCAAAAGCUGCAGCUGGGUGGAAAGAAAGCGACCUCCAGAGGCUGGAACUCCUACCAUGCUGUCCUAUAUAGACACACCUUGUGCUUCUACCAGGAGAGAAAGGAUACACUGAGGAGUUCUGCAUGUGGUCUGCCGCUGAACCUCAUGGGAGCUGAGUGUUCACCUGCACCAGAGUACACCAAAAAACCCAACUGCUUUCGACUACGGCUCCGUGAUGGGUCUGAAUAUCUGCUCAAUGCACCCUCACGCUUUAUGAUGAAGAAAUGGAUGAUGAAAAUACAAGCAAACACAGGUAAACAUAAUUAUUUCAAAGCUCAUUUAUGCCAUGAGUGA